CUAUAUAUAUCUAUAUCUUAUAUCUUAUAUCUAUUUUAAAUAACUUAAGGCCGCUAAAAUUUGGGGGGGAACAGCCUUCGCCCUGGAGCGGUGCGCGAUGCUGUCUCACGCCGACCUCCUGGACGCCCGUCUCGGGAUGAAAGAUGCGGCCGAGCUGCUGGGACACCGGGAGGCGGUGAAGUGCCGGCUGGGCGUAGGGGGCUCGGAUCCGGGGGGACACCCUGGAGACAUGGCCCCCAACUCGGACACGGUGGAAGGGACCACCCUGCUGCCGGGGGAGGACAUCACCACGGUGGGAUCCAAUCCCAGCUCCUUGGCCGUCAGCGCCAAAGACGCCGACAAGCAGCAAGGCCAGCAGGGCGGCCAGAACCCCAGCCAGGCGGGACAGCAGCAGGGUCAGCAGAAGCAGAAGCGGCACCGCACCCGCUUCACGCCGGCGCAGCUCAACGAGCUGGAGAGGAGCUUCGCCAAGACCCACUACCCGGACAUCUUCAUGCGGGAGGAACUGGCCUUGCGCAUCGGCCUCACCGAGUCCCGGGUGCAGGUAAGUGCGGCCGUCCCCGGGCAGCGCCCGCUCCUGCCAGACACUUUCCCGGGUCCGCGGGCGAUGCCCGGGCUGGCGCCAGGCUCGAGGGCGCAGCCCAGUGGGGGGGGUUGGCGUCCCGAGACCUCAGCAGGUGAAACUGCCCCUGAGCGCAACAGUUUGGGCAGAAAGCUCUAA